GCUGGGCGAAUGGACUUGGAGGCGCGGCUGCGGGCUCUGCGCGAGGGCAAGCGCCUUCCAGCCGCUGCACCAGCGCCGCCUCCUCCUGUAGCACCCGCCGCGUCUUUCUCGUGGCCUGAAGUUCCGUCCAGCCCCGUGCAGAGCGCAGUUCCCGUUCGCCAGCGCGUCCCAGUUGCUGUCGGCAGCGACUAUGAGCCUGUGCGUCGCGCGUCCGCCUGUUUCUCGGCCGCUCCGCCCGUGACCAUCAUGAGUCGCUCAUCGUCCGACGACUGCGAGCCUCCAGCAUUGUUCCCGACGUCUGUGGAGCCCCCGAGAGCUGCGCAACCGACGCCAAUGUCUCCCGAGCAGGGCGAGGUGCUGCGUCUCACUGCGGCGCAGCUGCUGGGCCCCGACUACGAGGAGGCCGUGCGCGUGGCCCAGUACGCCAUCGACAGCGAGCGCAGACAGAUGCCGCACACCGCCAUCGACGCCUACAUCCGCGCGGGGCAGACGCUGAUCGAGAUCGGGCGGCGGCAGGCGGCCCCGCACCUGCAGGACAUCGUCAAGACCAAGGCUCUGGCGCUGCUGCAGCGCGCCGAGGGGCUGUCCGAGUGGACGAACGAGGUGCUGGCCAAGGACUCGAGUCAGCAGGCGCUGGCGGCGGCGUACCACGAGUCGCAGCAGAAUCGCGACAGGUCGCUGACGGAGAAGAGGGAGCUCGUGACCAAGAUGCAGCAGGACAACCGAGACAUGAAGGAGAAGCUGAACCAACUGGCGCUGCUGGCCAAGAUCCGAGUGCGCUUGAAGAGGGUCGUGAGCAGUCGACGGGCCCGGAAGGCGGCGGAGGCGAAGGCAAAAGAGGAGGAGUCGGAGGCCAGUGGAAGCAGUCGUGGAGGCUUCAACGACGUGACGGGGGAAGUUGAUGACUACGCAGAUGAGGAUGGGGAGCACGAAGGACCGAACAACGUCACUGGGUCCUCCUACAAGACGUACCAGCACUACCGAGCACCUCUGGUCGACGUGAAGGGUGGCUCGCCGCGGGAAGCGCAGAAGAUCGGACUGAUUAAUGAGCUGCACGAGCGUAUCGGACUACCGCAACUUGACCACCUGCGUAAGUUUGAGCCUCUAGCGAUCGAUCCGACGGCAGACAAGAAGCAGGAGGAACUGCAAUCGGAGUUGGAGGCGGCCAAGCAGGAAGCAGAUAAGUUGCGAGCUGCAGUUCAAGAGAUGGAGCAGUGCUUACGACUUGCAGCGCAGCACUCGAAGCAGCGCUCGAUCAAGUUGGAAAAGCAGAAAGCGCAAGAAUUUGCGGAAGUGCAGAGCGAGCUGGAUCGUGUGCGAGAGGAGCUGGAGAUCGAGCGGCGACGGUCAUCUAUGCAAAGUGGUCCGGCCAGCUGGAGGUCUUCAGUGGCGUCGGAUCCUGGGGCCGACGAGAUUGAAGACACCGGUGUGAUGCAGCAGCUUCGGUCGUCGCUUCAUAAGGUUUUUCAUGGCCGCGACGAACAAUCAACUCAUGUAAAUGGCGACCGCAACCGUCGUGCUUCCGUUCAACGCACCUCGUACUCGCACGACUCUCCGCGCCAUACCCCCAAGCACAAGGAGCAGAAGUCGAUGGCCCAGUACGACGUUGACGAUGAAGAAAUGGAGGAAGAUGGC